AUAAUAUUAUUGAUCAUUAAACACUUGUAAAUUAAGCACUUCUUCUAAUGCAUAAUCUUGAGCGUUGUUGCUGUGGUUGCUAUCUGAAUUACUUACUGUUAGGUCUUGAUAAUACGUCGAAGAAGUAAACUAGAUAUAUUAUACAAAAACAAGGUCACUCAACUCAAAAUACAGUAACCAAUUCCCAAGCUACGACAAAAACCGUUUUCAUGUUCAAUACCCGAACGUCGUAAUGCCCGGUUCGUUCGUUUUAUCAUUAUUAUUUUUUUUUUAUUUCAUCAUUAAUCUUGAUAUCCUUUUUUAGGAAAAUGGGAGGGUUAAAUUCUAAACCUCCCUGGCUAUGGCACCCCCCCCCUCAAUUAGUAUCCAUUUACGUGCCUGGCACAGAAUAUAUACAAUAUAGUUGUUUUGUGGUAGUGACUUCGGGAGCCUAUUUUAAAAUAGUCUCCUGUCGACGAUAUUAGGUUAAAAAAAAAAAAGCACCCAAAACCACCCAUUUAAAUUUAAACAAUAGACCAAUUGACGUGUGCACACGUGAGUUUAUAAUUUUGGACGAUAAGGACCUUCGAGGUAGCCCAUUUGCCGAAAAACCGCCCAAUCUGACAACACUGCGUUGUACCGUCCGUCCGUAUCGCACCAUCAGUCGCGCGAACGCGCGCUUCCCGUUUCGUCGGUAUAAUAAUUCGUUAUCACGCCGCGCUCGACGUACCUACCGUGUCCCGUUCGCCGGCCACACGUUUGCUUCCGUGGCGCACCGUCAUCUUUUUCCGAGCUCGUCCAGUCCCGUACGGUUCGAUAACGCGUCGCCAUGUUCAGCGUGCCGGCCAUGCGCUCGGCGUUCCACGGCGCACUCAUCCAGGACGAAGACGUGGACGUCAAGAACUACGUGAUUGCCUACCAGGAGCUUUGCAAGUUUUGUUCUCAACUCGGCGCUUUGUUCGGUUUCGUCGUCAACGACCUACAAGAUAAAAUCGAUCGGCUUAACAAUCUAAUAGCCGACGAUGAACAGCAUUUUUCAACGGUAAAAAACAUGAUACUGUAUGAAAAAUCAAAUGAUAUGGUGAAGGGAAACUCAGGCUGUAUCACAUUGUUGAGGCUGCACCGAGGACUAGAUUUCAUCAUUCUGUUCAUGUCUAAACUUCUUCACCUCAAACCUAAUGAAAGUACCACCCAUUCUGCUAUUAAAUCUUAUAAUCAAACAUUAGCAAAACAUCAUACUUGGUUAGUACGCCACGGAGCUAGGCUUGCUAUGAAUUUUUUGCCUUGUCAAAAAAACUUGGUUUGUCAAGGCAUUGGUGAUGAAACAGUAGAAGAAUCAUUAAAUACAAUGGCCGAUAUGAUUUCCAAAGCUACUUUAGUUCAUAAUAGAAUUAAUACUCUAUUUUCAGACUAUGAAAUUUUGAAUAUACCCUGAAAGAGUGAAAACUAUUAUUUUACACAUAUUAAUAUUCAGUUAACAUGUCAUAUAAUUUAACAAUUAGUAUAUUCUUUUGGAGUUACUUAA